GUGUGACUCUCCCAGCAGGUUGUUGUGUUUGUCUGCUAUGCAUCAGUGUGAGGACAGAGAGGAGGGAAGAUCUCUGUGUGGGGAACAGGAGAACCAGAGCAAAGCUCAGAGCCCAGAGCAGCAGAAAACACACACUGCUCAACCUGGACCUGGGCUUGGACCUGGACCUACCUGGAUCCAGCUGUGUGUCCAUGAAGAGUGACUGGUCAAAGGAGCAUCCCCUUCAUUUCAGACGAUCUGCAGGUGGAAGAGGAUCCAGCAGCAGAGACCAGACUGUCCUGAACCCAGCUGUCUGUCCUUCAAGAGCGACUAGUCGAAAGAUGAAUUAAUGAACUUUUAAGACGUCCGUCCAUCUGCUGAUCAGAUUUGGGUCGAGAUCUUCAGCAGUAUCAGAGUCAGGCUAAGCAACUCUUCAGGAAACUCAAUGACCAGAGUCCCACACGCUGCACUUUAGAAGCCGGUUCAAUGGCAUUUCAUUAUUUUAUAGAGAAAGGCGUGUGCUACCUCGUGCUGUGUGAAGCCAGCUUCCCCAAGAAGCUAGCCUUUGCUUACCUAGAAGACCUGCAGGCAGAGUUUCACGAGCAGCACGGAAAGAAGGUUUCCACGGUGUCCCGCCCCUACUCCUUCAUCGAAUUUGACACAUACAUUCAGAAAACCAAGAAGUCGUACAUUGACAGCCGAGCGAGAAGGAACCUGGGCAGCAUCAACACAGAGCUGCAGGAUGUUCAGAGGAUCAUGGUGGCGAACAUCGAGGAGGUGCUGCAGAGAGGAGAAGCUCUCUCUGCACUCGACUCCAAGGCCAGCAACUUGUCCAGCCUGUCGAAGAAGUACAGGAGCGACGCCAAGUAUCUGAACACCCGCUCCACCUAUGCCAAACUGGCAGCCGGCGGCGUCUUUUUCAUCAUGCUCAUUGUCUAUGUACGCUUCUGGUGGCUCUGAGAGACGAAAGAGAAGGAGGAAGAAGGGGGUGUUGAAGUGGAAAAUGACCUGCAAGGAGUCUGCAGACCUCGAAGAAAAAAAAAAAGAUAAAAACAGGUUCCCUGCUCUCAAUAAGACUUUUACAGACAAACCCGCCCGCUUCUGUUCUCGCCUGUCCAUGGAUGUGUGAUCUGAAUAUAAAUGAUGUCACAUACAUAGUUUUAUUAUUAACCGUUAAUGCUCUCGUAGUUGCCCUGGAUCGGAGAGGGAAUGAGUGAAUGUGUGGGAGUGUUUAUGAGCUGAUUGUUUUUUUUUCCUGAAGUUGAUUUGUGUGCGAGUGUCGAGUGGCUGAUUCAAUCUUGUAUACCGUCUAAUAAUACAGAAAAGAGAAAAAAAUCUAAACAUUUUAUUUAUCCUGACCACAUUACAUGGGAAAUACUAGUCAUUUAACAUGUUAAUCAUAAUAGUGAUGGACAACAUUCAGUAUCGACUACACAUAUUUGCAAAACACGGCAUUAAGCUUCAGUAAGGACUUCAAAUAGGCUUAGUAACAGGAAGUAAUUGAAGUGGACUUUUUUAACACUGUAUGGAAGCCUUGCAAAUGUUAUUCCACCUGCAGAUUUCUUUGCCAUUAUGGGAUGUCAGUGACCCUAAAAAUGACUAUAACUAUUGAGAGGGACAGCAGUGACAGCAUCCCACACUCAUAUAUCCGCCUUUCCUUGCAGGUUAAUCAUUUUCUAGAAGAAUAACCUGUAGUUGCAUGUCAGUUUAGUGUGCACAAGUUGGUCCCGAAGGUGCUUGUCAUCAACAAAGGACAGCAAACGGUCACUUUUUUCCUGUAUUUCUCACAUCAUAGGCAACUAAGGAAGAGGUUUAAUAAUCUCAAUUCUGAAAAACACAUCUGGAUAAUUAUAAGGUGUAAUAAUAGUUAGAAAAUGUUAUUUCUCUUAUCAGUUCUCCACGUUAAUCCUGGACAUGUAGAGCUGGACUGUGAUAAUUCAAGUUUAAAUAGCUGGUUUCAGUGAGAGUGGCUGGAAUUUGCCAUUAAUGGAAAUUCCAAAAUGACCUCUGGAGAGAAUUUUGGUGAAAAUAAUCCACUAAUAUCAAAGUUUAUUUUCAUUUACAAGAUCUUAAAUUCUUAAAGCCUCUUUUUAGUUGGUAAUGAGCCAUUAGAGGUGAACAGAAAUAUAGAAUUUAACCCUAACAAACCGUUGUACAGUCCUUAAUCUGCCCUGCAUCCACACUCUCUGGAAACGUUAUGCACCGUGACAGCACCUUUCUGCAAACAGGCAUUUAUUUUUUUUUUAAAAAAUUGAUGUCUGGUUGGGUCCUUUUACUCUGAAGUUUACACAAGUGCAGACUGGAUUAAGUUGAUUUAGGCUCAGAGCUUAGGUUUUGAUCGGUAGCCGCUGUCUGCUUUCAGCUGGAAAAGGACACCACCUCUUUAUUUUCUGUUCUGUCUGCUUUCUAUGAAUAAAAUUAUUUGCACAAAA